GCUGCCGGGCAGGCGGCGGAGGGCUGACAUGGCCCGGGCCUGGCCCUGGGCCUCCCUGCUGCUGUGGCUGCUGCAAUUCGCUUCAGGGAAGCCCUCUCUGGCCCCUCCUCAGAAUGUGACGCUGCUCACCAGAGACUUCUACAUGUACCUGACUUGGCUCCCGGGCCCUGGCAACCCAGAGAAUGUGACCUAUUCUGUGCAGUACCAGAGCCUUUCAGAAACCAAGUGGCACAAAGUGAAGAGUUGCAGAAGAACCACAGCACUGAACUGUGAUCUGACAUGCCUGGAGUCCCUGGACAAGUUUAAUAAGGUCAAAGCACAAGUGCGAGCCAUUUCUGCCAAGUCCAAGUCACACUGGGUGGAAUCUAGGUUUCUGGAAUACCUAUUUGAAGUGGAGCCAGCCCCACCUGUCCUACUCAUCACUCAGGCAGAAAAUUUCCUGAACAUCAAGGCCACGUACCAGCUGCCCUCUUGCAGGGACUUGAAUCUGAAAUAUCAGUUGGCUUUCUGGAAGGAGGGGACAGAGAACAAGACCCUCUUUCCAGAUAACCCAGUUCAAAUUCCUCUCCCACCACUUGCCUAUGGAAACUACUGCCUGAGUGCCAGAACCAUCUAUGCCUACAGUGACAUCAAAUACAGCAGCUUCUCCACACCCACCUGCAUCUUUCUGAAGGACCCAGGAGCCAGCUGGGCAUUUCUGCUGCUACUGCUGCCCGUACUGCUGGUCAUCACCGCAGGGGGCGUGGUCUGGAAGAAAUUCACAGGGAGCUGCUGGUCUGAGAAGGCAAAGAUGCCCCAAACCCUGGACUUCUCUGGACACAGACCCACCAUUGUCACUUUGCCACCUCGCAUCCUUGAGUCCCUGGAUAAUUUGAAUGUCUGUCCCCAGAAGGAACUGAGCAUCAGGGCCAAGCUGAGUGCUCAACGCAGGAUCCCAGUGGGCACUCAGGCAUGGACAGAGAAGGGUAGCGCCAAGGGGGUCAACGAGGAGGAGGAGGAGGAAGUCACCGAUGAAGAUGACGACAGUGACAGCAUCUACUUCCGGCCCUACAUUUUGCCACCCCAACUCCCAGAGCACUCAGAGCUCGCGGGUUGGGGGACUCCAGGAGUCCUAGAAGACAAGCCCCCUGCCUGGGAUUCUUCAUCCUCCUCUUGGGCCAGGACUGAGUCCUCUGGCUAUCUCUCCAAGGAGGGGUCGGGCCAGAGACUGGAGAGGGAAGGGUCUCCGGGGCCUCUCCUGCUCCCCAAAGACUCCAAGGACUCAGAUUCCCUGGAAGAGCCCCUGGAAGAUGAUCCUAGCUCUUGGGUGAGCUGGGGUUCCUUAUUGCCAGGAUGGACUCUGGACCCUGGAGAGCCCCAGGUUUGUCUCCACACACUGAGCAUCCUCAGCAGCACUGGAGAGGAGGAGGAAGAGGAGGAGGAGGAGGAGAGCGGGGUGGACUCUGAUAGUGAGGACUGUGGAGCCAGCAGCUGGGAGGCCAAGAGCCCCCAGGAGGCUGAAACCAGGGGCCACACUCUGGGGCAUUACAUGGCCAGGUGAGCUGUGCCGUGCUUCCCUCCUGUUCUGUGGCCACCAGGGAUACUGAGCUUUCCAAGGACCACAAGUCUUGGGAAUAGCAUCUCUGGGAUGGCCGAAGGU